GAUAUUCCGACGAAAUUCCGACGAUUUUUUCCCUCAGAAUCCUUGAUGUUUUCUUGUAGUGCACGGUCGAGUUCCAGAAACGUGGCUUACCACACGCACACAUUCUCUUAUUUAUGGAUCCUUCGCACAAGUUUCCUACAACCGAUCACAUUGACAAUAUCAUUUCUGCGGAGAUUCCUGAUAAACUCGAAGAACCUGAACUUUAUGAAGUUAUUAAAGAUAUGAUGAUUCAUGGUCCUUGUGGAGCAGCUAAUAUGAAUUCUCCAUGUAUGGAGAAUGGUUUGUGCUCUAAGUCGUAUCCUAAACCAUUUGCUAAGAAGACCACUAUUAAUAAGGAAGGAUUUCCGGUUUAUAGAAGGCGCGAACAGUCAGAGAACUUUGUCCUGAAGAAUGGAUACAAAUGUGACAAUCGGUUUGUUAUUCCAUAUAACAAGAGACUAUCUCUACGUUUCCGAGCUCAUAUUAAUGUGGAGUGGUGCAACCAAGCUGGAUCUAUCAAGUACUUAUUCAAGUACAUUAAUAAGGGACAAGAUCGUGUGACUAUUGCUGUGGAACCGCCAGAUCUCAUUGUUGCUAACGAGUUGGGCAAUGAAGACAUUACUAUGGAAAAGAUGGAAAAGAAAAGAAACAAACUUAAGGACUUUUUCGAUUGCAGGUAUGGAACUAAUACAGAACAUUGUACCUGAUUUUUAGAUGUGAUACAUAUUUACAUUUCUAAUUGUCUAUUUCUCUUAUGCAGAUAUGUGUCUUCUUGUGAAUCAGCUUGGCGAAUUUUCAAAUUUCCUAUUCACUAUCGAUCAACUGUUGUUGAGAAGCUUAGUUUUCAUCUACCAGGAAAACAAGUGGUCACUUUUAAAGGAAAAGACAAGCUGAAAGUAGUGAUCAGUCGUAAGCUCAUUGAAAAGACAAUGUUCUUGGCAUGGUUCGAGUUGAAUAAAAUCGAUGAGUUUGCAAGAACACUAACUUAUGCCCAGAUUCCUAUCUACUAUAUCUUUGACAAAAGGUCUAAGAAUUGGAAGAAGCGGAAAAGGGGUUUCUGUUUAGGAAGAAUAAAUUAUGCUCCUCGGAUACAGGAAGCAGCUUAUUUCUUGCGCAUAUUGUUGAACAUUGUCAGAGGGCCUACCAGUUAUGAUGACAUUAAGACCUACGAGGGAGUUCUCUAUCCUGAAUACAAAGAUGUAUGUUUUGCUCGUGGAUUAUUAGAUGAUGAUCAGGAGUACAUUGAUGAUCUUGUAAGGAGAAGCUAUGAAUGCUCUGCAAGUGAUCUACGACAAGUGUUUGUUAUUAUGCUUAUGAGUAACACUCUGUCUCUUCCAGAGGUCGUAUGGGAAAACACGUGGCGGUAUUUGUCUGAAGAUAUAGAGCAUAACAGAAGGAAAUAUUUGAAUAGACCAGGUUUGAACUUAUUACUAUGGACGUGAUUAUGUAAUUUUACUACCUAUGUGGAAGCCGCAAAUAAAUUUUGAUCAUGUAUCUUAUACGUAAAUUUUUUUAUUGGUAGGAUUGGUGUUGAACGACAAUGACAAAAAAAAGUAUGCGUUACUAGAGAUUGAGAAGCUGUUGAGGCGUAACGGUACGUCUCUACCAAGAUUAACGAAGAACCCAAAACUGCCAAAGACAAGUACUCAGGAUUUUAAUGUCUUGAUAGUAGAUGAGCGCAGCUAUGAUCGAAAAACAUUGUUAGAGACUCUUGAUAGAGAUGUUCCGAAAAUGACAGAUGAGCAAAAGGAAAUUUAUGAUCAGAUUCUUGCUGCUGUGAAUCAAGGAAAUGGUGGAAUGUUUUUUGUUUAUGGAUUUGGUGGAACUGGGAAAACUUUUCUCUGGAAGUUACUUUCUGCAGCUAUUAGAUGCCAAGGAGAUAUUGUUCUAAACGUUGCAUCAAGUGGCAUUGCUUCUUUGUUACUACCAGGAGGUAGGACUGCUCAUUCAAGAUUUGGUAUCCCAUUAAAUCCAGAUGAGUUUUCAUCAUGUACUAUGCAGCCUGGAACUGAUCAAGCUGAUUUAGUCAAAGAAUCAUCACUCAUUAUAUGGGACGAAGCGCCAAUGAUGGGCAAACAUUGUUUUGAAGCUUUGGAUAGGAGCUUAUCUGAUAUAGUUGGGAAGCAUGCGAACCAGCCGUUUGGUGGAAAAGUUAUUGUCUUUGGGGGUGACUUUAGGCAGGUUCUUCCUGUUAUAAAUGGAGCUGGUAGGGCUGAGAUCGUUUUGGCUUCUCUGAAUUCGUCAUAUCUUUGGGAGCACUGCAAAGUUCUGAAGCUCACCAAGAACAUGCGUUUGUUAUCGGAUGGUUUGUCACCAGAAGAGGCUGCCGAUCUUAGGGAUUUUUCUGAUUGGAUAUUAAAAAUUGGGGAUGGUAAACUUGCAGAGCCUAAUGAUGGUGAAACCGAGAUCGAAAUUCCAUCAGAGUUUCUUAUAACAGACUCCAAAAAUUCUAUAGAAGCAAUCAGCACAGCCAUUUAUGGUGAUUCUGCUUCUCUACAUGAAAAGAAAGAGGCCAAGUUUUUUUAAGAGAGAGCUAUCCUAUGUCCGACUAAUGAAGAUGUCAAUAUGAUUAAUGACUACAUGCUAGAUAUGCUGGAUGGUAAAUUUAUUUAUUCUACAUUCUUAUUCGUUCUUACUUAGAUGUAUACAAUAUAUGUACUAAUGAUUGAGUUUUGCUUUCAGGUGAUGAAAAGAUUUACUUAAGUGCCGAUAGUAUUGACCCAAGAGAUAAGGGUUCAGUCAACAAUGAAGCACUAGGACCUGAUUUUCUUAACACUAUUAAGGUGUCUGGUUUGCCUAACCAUAGUCUUAGACUGAAGAUUGGUUGUCCUGUCAUGGUUCUGCGAAAUAUUGAGCCUUCUGCUUGGUUAAUGAACGGCACGAGACUACAGAUCACUCAACUAAUGGACUUUAUGGUUCAAGCUAGGAUAAUAACUGGAGAAAAGGUUGGAAAAUUAGUAGAUAUUCCUAGAUUGUUGAUAACACCAUCAGAUACUCGACUGCCUUUUAAGAUGCGCAGGAGGCAAUUGCCAUUGGCAGUGGCGUUUGCUAUUACAAUAAACAAAAGCCAAGGGCAAUCCCUAUCCGAAGUUGGUAUCUUUCUACCAAGACCUGUUUUUUCACACGGACAACUCUACGUGGCUGUGUCUAGGGUGACUUCUAAAAAAGGUUUGAAGAUUCUAGCUGUUGACAAAGAUGGUAAACCUCAAAAGAAAACUACAAAUGUUGUAUUCAAAGAGGUUUUUGCUAAUCUGGAAGAAUAUGUUUGACAAGGUAAAUAUUUUUAUUUACUUAUAAUCUUUCUAUUUUGAGCUAAACAUACACAGAUAAGUUAUUUUUUUACUUAUUUUUGCCAAUGCAGGUUUAAGAUGUCUACAAACAAGACAGGUGUAGUUUCUGUAUUUGCUAUUCAUUGUCAAAACUAAGCCCUUUUUCUUCUUAUUGUCUGGUUUUUUUUUAGCUCAAAGAAUGAGUUUUAUUUGUACUAUUAUUUUAAACGUUGUUAUUCUUAUUAAGUAAGUUGGUCAUAACACAAUCAUCCAAACAACAUGCAAUUUAUCAAGCGGUGAGAUCAAGUUAAAAGAAAACAAAUAACUAUAACUGUUGACAAAUCACAAGAACAAUACUAUAUGUCCUACAUUAAUUUAAUCUUAUGAUCAUUCUAUAACUCAAUGUGUCUAAUAGCUUAACUUCAGCAACAAUUUACUAACCUUUUGGUUUUUGACCCGCUCUGUUGUCAGCUUCAUUGUGCACUUUGAGAAUCAAAAAACUGAAUUCUAUUACCUGCAUACGAUAUAUUAUGUUCAAGUAAAUAAAAAAAUCUCAAUGAAGACGUUUAUUUUACUAAUAUCAAUCAUCUUAUCAUCUUUACAAGUUUCUAUAAAACAUUCAAGCAAUCUAAACAAUCUCUAAGUACUUUACAACUCACAGGUAUUUUGAGUAUGAAUAAUAAAGAACUUAUCUUUUUUUCUUUCAUGUCGGCUUCCCCUUUGUUGUUUACGGAUCUGCUCUUCUCUCGAUCUCGAUCACAAUUAAAACUCAACUCUUAUCACGAAACAUCACCACAGCCGCAUCCGACGUUUCUUCAAUUGAUGUAUUGAAUGUUCACUUUUGCUUCGUCUAUGUCUCGAUUUCGUACUCAAACAAGAAAACUAUGAACAUGAGACACAAAAGGCAAUUCGUUAAUCUCAAACAGAGUAUAACGAAUUGAUCUUUAAAAAACGUAUACAGAGAAAUUGGUACCUUGAUACUGUCGACUAAUCCAUUCAUUACAUCUUCUAAUUCAAAAUCCCAUUGAAACCGUCUGAGAUUCUCCUGUUGAACUCGCCGAAUAUCUCCCUCUGUUUGGCUUCUCUUUCGAUGUGAUAGUUUUUUUUUGGGUCGUCUAACUGGUUUU